AUGGGUGUAAUCAUCCGGAAAAUCUCCCGGGUUGACCUCAAGUGGAACGUCCUCGACCGCGUCUCUGUUUUCCGCCAGUUCUUCGAGCUCUUAUGGGACAGGAUUCUCGCCUGUUCGAUUGGUAAGCCGCCCGCCAAGUACCGCCGUUUGACUCGCCCGGGCGCUGCAACUUCGUUUUCUACUUCUUCUUCUUCUUCUUCUUCUUCUUCUUACUCCUCUUCCCCUUCUUGCGGCGGCCCCAACGACGAUUACGGUGCUGUGACUUUCGUUGAGGCGUGCACGACGAGUGGAAGCGGCGAGUUGGAAUCUUCCAACUCGGAUUUGGUGCCGCUGAAGAUCAGCCUGUUGGGUGAUUGCCAAAUCGGGAAAACGAGCUUCGUGGUCAAGUAUGUUGGGGAUGAACAAGAGAAGGAGAGCCUGGAAAUGGCUGGAUUGAAUUUGAUGCACAAGACAUUGUUCGUUCAAGAUGCCAGGAUUUCAUUCAGCAUAUGGGAUGUUGGAGGGGAUAGCAGGUCGUUUGAUCAAGUCCCCAUUGCCUGUAAAGAUGCAGUUGCAAUUCUUUUCAUGUUUGAUCUCACCAGCAGAUGCACACUCGACAGCGUUGCUGGAUGGUACAGUGAAGCCAGGAAAUGGAACCAGACGGCUAUACCAAUCCUGAUCGGGACUAAAUUUGACGAUUUCGUCCGGCUACCUCCAAAUCUACAGUGGACUAUAGCAACCCAGGCAAGGGCAUACGCAAGAGCGAUGAAGGCGACGCUGUUCUUCUCAAGUGCGCAGCACAACAUAAAUGUGAACAAGAUCUUCAAGUUCAUCGCUGCAAAGGUGUUUAACUUGCCAUGGACGCUUGACAGGAACCUCACCAUUGGGGAGCCCAUUAUUGACUUCUAA